CCUGCCCAUUCUAAGAAAAGUUUCCGCAGAGCCCCAAGCAGCGCGACGAUCACGACAAAAACCAAACAGCAUCGCAUAUCAUGUCAGGACAAGCACGAGGCCGCGGACGAAGCACAUUUCGUGGAGCAGGUGGAGGUGGAGGUCGUGGAGGUGGUGCGCCCCGUGGAAGAGGUAGUGCGCCUCGUGGAAGAGGUGGUGCGCCUCGUGGAAGAGGCGGCGCGCCCGGUGGAAGAGGUGGAAUUCGAGGAAGCGGACGGGGACGAGGACGGGGACGGGGAGGAGCCCCAAAAUUCGACAAUCGGCCCAAAAGAGAACAUGAUUCAAUUGCCGCAGACGAUGCCCCGAGCGACGACUCCGAAGACGACGAUGGAUCCGUGCAGUCAGAUGUCGAAUCAGAAGCCGAGUCGGAAGACGAGAAAACUACAACUACAGUCAAGCCAUAUAAUGCGCUCCUUGAGUCUCUAGUCGCUAGCAAAUCCAGAGAGGACAAACACAAGUCGAAGCGCCGAAAGACUGCUACGGAAGAACUGGUAAUCGAGGAUGUGGACUCAGAUGUGGAUGCUGUGGUGGAAGAGGAGGCAGCGGAAGGCGCGGAGGAAGAAGCGGAGGACGAUAUUGACAGCGAGGACGAGGACACAUCAGAUCCCUUUGAAACACAUUUUGCCAACCCAUCACCCGACUAUCUCAAGAGAGUCGAUUUGGCAAAGAAGGGACAGUGGACAAGUAAUAAGCUACAGAUACCGGGAAUCGGAAGGGCCAUACACACAACGCCUUCCGAAUCCGAACCGUCUACGUCAAGGAAAUUCGAGGGCAUCAAGUCCCUACCUCUCAAGCAGCGCCUAGUCGCUUCGUUCGGAGAAGUCAAUGGGGAGCUGACGCCAAUUCAGAAAGCAUUCUCUCCAUACAUCUUUUCGCACCAAGACGUGCUCUUCGCCGGAAGAACAGUAUCAAAUGCGGACGAGUUACGAAGGCUUUACUGUAUCCACGCAUUGAACCAUGUCUGGAAGACACGGGACCGUGUGAUUAAGGACAAUACGAAGCUCUCUCAUGGCGGUGACAGUGGACUUGAGCUCCGGGAUCAAGGUUUUACACGCCCCAAAAUCCUCUUUAUCCUUCCCACCCGUCACUCUUGUGCGCGGGUGGUGGACACUCUUGUAUCGCUGGUUGGUGCGGAACAGCAGGAAAACAAGAAGCGCUUUACCGAUACCUUCGUAGUCUCCCCAGACGAAGACCGCCUCAAUGAAUCCAAGCCUCUGGACUUCAAGGAACUCUUCAGCGGCAACCACGACGAUCUUUUCCGUGUGGGUGUCAAGUUCACCCGGAAAACCAUCAAAUUCUUCAGCCAGUUUUAUAACUCCGACAUCAUUCUCGCCUCUCCCCUCGGCCUCCGUCUCGCCAUCGGGGAUGAGGGAGACAAGAAGCGGGACUUCGACUUUCUCUCCUCCAUCGAGCUCGUAAUUGUCGAUCAAGCCGAUUCUCUCCUCCAGCAAAAUUGGGACCAUGUCGGGCACGUUUUCCAACACCUCAACCUCAUCCCCACAGAGGCUCACGGCUGUGAUUUUGGCCGCGUCCGUAACUGGUAUCUCGACUCGAAUGCUCGCUACUUCAGGCAGUCGCUCGUCUUCAGCGCCCACGGUUCGCCCGAGCUCAACGCUCUUUUCAACCAGCACAUGACCAACAUCGCCGGUCGUCUGAAAACACAGCCCGAGUACGAGGGUGUGAUCACGGAUCUGGGCGGUCUCCAGGUCAGGCAAACAUUCGUCCGCUAUGAAUCGUCAAACCCGGUAGCAGACCCCAAUGCACGCUUUAAGUUCUUUAAAACGGCGUUUGUUCCUACGAUCACGCGCAAGGUUGCCCAGGGAUCCAACGGAGUGCUCAUCUUUAUCGCUUCGUACUUUGACUUUGUCCGUGUGCGCAACUUCUUCGACACGCUCGAUAUCUCCUUCGGUGCCAUUUCCGAGGAGACACCGGUUGCCGAUGUUUCCAGAGCGCGUUCCCACUUCUUGUCUGGGCGUUUCCCGAUUCUUCUCUAUACCGGCCGUGCGCACCACUUUAGGCGGUACGAGAUCCGUGGAGUGAAGGAAGUGGUGUUCUACAGUUUACCGGAUAAUCAGACGUUUUACCGGGAGGUUGUUGGCGGCUUCUUGACGAGGAGUGUUGGCGAGGGACGUAUUGAGGGCAGCAGAUGCAAGGCUCGCGUCUUGUUCUCCAAGUGGGAUGCUAUGAGGCUCGAGCGUGUGGUUGGCUCGCAGAGGGUCCGGACAAUGUGUAAUGAUGUGAGUGGGGAUACAUUUGAAUUUAUAUAGUGCAAGAGUCUGCUAUCUACCUAUUUGCUUUUGUGUACAUACCAUAUCUAUUGAUACUAGAAGCUUCUCGGCGCUCUUUGUGCACCUCCUUAUUCUCGCUCUGAACUAUGGUUUCUUUUUAUAUUUGGUAGGUUUAUGGGGCAGGCACGAUAUGACCAAGAGGUAUCGGAUGUAUUCUCUGAUCAGAUGGAAUUGGCCAUUUGUAUUAUAUAAAUGAAUUAUGAUUUGUCCGAGAUUGUUGACAGCCUCAGCAAAG